UUUAGAAAAUAGGAAAAUUCACGAGUUUUCAUUCAUUUUUCAUCAAUUUCCAUUGAAAAAAAUCGCAUCAGCUGUUCAUCCCGAGCCGAAAUUCACUUUGAACUGCCAAAGAUGACUGGAAUUCACGCGGAAAUCCAUAGUAACUGUUCAGUCGAAGUCUGGAAAAUUGGAAAAGUGCAUGAAAAGUUAGUUCUGUGCAAAAAUAAACCAAAAAUUACCUUCAAAAAAGCAAAAUAAAAGUCAAUUGUGUUAAAACCAGCUGAAAAUCACAAGAAAAUUGUCAAAAUCUCUUGGAUACCUCUUAAAAAGCAAUAAAUCAAGAAGUCGUUUUGCGAGGGAGGCAAAAGAUCAGAUAAAAAACUACAAGCAACCAUGGCGUUCGCAGGACUGCGAAAACAGAUAAACAAAGCCAAUCAGUAUGUAACGGAAAAAAUGGGCGGUGCCGAGGGCACAAAAUUGGACAUGGAAUUCACGGAUAUGGAACGAAAAACCGACGUAACAGUGGAGUUGGUUGAGGAAUUACAGGUGAAAACCAAAGAAUUCCUGCAACCAAAUCCAACAGCUAGGGCAAAGAUGGCUGCUGUGAAAGGCAUUUCUAAACUAUCUGGUCAAGCAAAGACUAAUACUUAUCCCCAAGCUGAAGGUCUUUUAGGUGAUGCAAUGCUCAUGUACGGCAAAAAGUUAGGCGACGAAAGUAUAUUCGCACAAGCUCUCAUCGAAUUUGGAGACUCGUUGAAACAAAUGGCAGAUGUUAAAUACCAACUUGACGACAAUGUGAAACAAAACUUCCUCGAACCGCUUCAUUCGCUUCAGAUGAAAGAUCUGAAGGAAGUUAUGCAUCAUCGUAAGAAGCUGCAAGGACGAAGAUUAGAUUUUGAUUGCAAACGUCGUAGACAAGCCAAAGGAUCCGCUAUUACAGAUGAUGAAAUUCGCGGCGCUGAGGAGAAAUUCGCCGAAUCUUUGCAACUUGCCCAAGUCGGCAUGUUCAACUUGCUCGAGAAUGAUUCGGAACAAAUCUCUCAAUUAGCAUCUUUCGCUGAGGCGUUACUCGAUUACCAUCAACAGUGUAUCGAGAUUUUGAGAAAUCUGAACGAGACGAUGCAAGAAAAGAAAGAAGAGUCAGCAAACCGCCCGCGUUCUGAGUUCGUUCCCAAGACAUUGGCAGAGUUGAACAUCGACGGCGUCUCCGAUGGAUAUAAUGACCACAUGACACACGAUUAUGCAGGCGGUUCAUCGCAUCUCAACUCUCCAAUCAAUAAACCAUCUCAUCUGGAGCUAUUGGGCAACGGUACCAACGCGCGGUCAACCAAUGCAUCUCCGUUGCCAUCGCCGAUGAAAUCUCCCGCAAGAACACCCAUGCCGCCAUCUCAGAAGCCAUAUUGCACAGCGUUGUACGAUUUCGAGGCAGAAAAUCCCGGAGAAUUAGGAUUUAAGGAAAAUGACAUCAUCCAAUUGAUCCAACGUGUCGAUGACAACUGGUUCGAAGGCAGCGUGAAUGGGCGCACAGGCUAUUUCCCCCAAACAUACGUGCAAGUGAACGUACCUUUGCCCUAAAUUAGUCAAACAUAAAAACUCACUUCAUCUUGACUUCGACUUGUAUCAAUUAAUUGUAAUUCUAAUUAUAUUAACUAUUAUUAAAAAAAUAUUAUAAUUGCUAAAAAAUAAUAUUAAACAAAAAUAACUGUUAAAAAGUAAAAAGGAACGUUAAUCUGCCCGUUGAUAGCCAAUAAAAAACAUAAAAUAAUUUAAGUUGU